AUGGAACACGCGGGGGCAGAAACGCCGCAGGGGCUUCGGAGGAGCCGCCGCCUUCAAGAGCUGGAACUGCUGAGGCAGCAGCAGCAGCAGCAGCAGCAACGCGAGGAGCAGCAGCACUACUUGCAGCCCUACGGGCUGGACCAGCUUAGGUUGCUGCAGCAGCAGCAGCAGCAGCAGCUCCGCCUAGGUACCUUCGCGGAGGUCUUAGGCCCCACUGCGCAACUAGAGCAGCAGCAGCAGCAGCAGCAGCAGCAGCACUGGGCGCAGCAGCACUUCACUGAAUUUGGCUCAGCUGCGAUGUAUCGGCAGCGGAGCCUCUCAGCUGCUGCCCUGCACAUACACCAGCAGCAGCCCCUACAGCAGCAGCAGCUGCUGCAGCAGCAGCAGGACCUGCUUCUGCAGCCGAAGCAAGAGCUGCAGCAGCAGCAGCAGCAGCAGCAAAGCAGCCCCAGCGCACGCAUUCUGAGGCGGCAAGAGCCAGGCGGCGGGAUGCGAACACGGCUGAGCUGCACCUUUGCUGCAAAGCCAGCUGAGGCAGCAACAGCAGCAACAGCAGCAGCAGCAGCAGCAGCAGCACCUACAGCAGCAGCAGCAGCAGGUGUUGAGGAGGCCUUUCAAUACAGCUGCGGAAUACCUCUGAACACUGCAGCUGUUGAGAACUGUUAUUCUGCUGCUGCUGCUGCAGCAGCAGCAGCAGCAGCAGAAGGAACACCACAACUGCGUAGGAUGCCAUCCCCAGCAGAACCAGUUUCCAACGCCAGAGCAGCAGCAGCAGCAGCAGCAACAGAAGCAACAGCAGCAGCAGCAGCAGCAGCACAAUUGUCUGCAGCCUCUACCAGAUACAGCAGCAGCAGCAGCAGCAACAACAACAGCAGCAGCAGCGGAGUCUCUCUGCUGCAAGCCGCUGCUGCGCAUAGAGGGAUAGGCUUCAGAACUAGCAAUGAGCCGGCAGCAGCAGGUGCAGCAGCUGCAGCAGCUGCAGCAGCUGCAGCAGCAGCAGCAGCGGCAGAAGCAAGGGCGCUGCCGAAGAUCCACUACCGCCGCAGCAGCCGCAACUGCGGCAGCAGCAGCAGCAGCAGGAGCAGCAACGCAGCUGCUGCGUCUGAUAGGGAACUGAUAUGUUUGCUGCAGGCUCAGAACCAUUUGUUGCAGCAGCAGGUGCAGCAGCAGCGAAAGGAAAGACAGCAUUUGCUGCUGCUGCUGGCAGGCACCCUCGGCUUGCUCCUGCUGCUGGGAAUCUCUUUUUUGUCGGGUGCGCCUGGUGGCCCUAUGCCUCGAAUGGCUUCUAGUUAG